AUGCUGCCGGGGCGGCUGAGCUGGGUGCCGCUCCUGCUGGCGCUGGGCGUGGGGAGCGGCGGCGGCAGCGAAGGCGGCGGAGGCAGCAGCCGGCGGCGCCGCCUCCUCGCGGCGAAAGUCAACAAGCACAAGCCAUGGAUCGAGACAUCGUAUCAUGGAGUCAUUACUGAGAACAAUGAUACAGUCAUUUUGGACCCGCCGCUGGUCGCUCUGGACAAAGACGCACCAGUUCCUUUCGCAGGUGAGAUUUGUGCAUUCAAGAUCCACGGCCAGGAGCUGCCCUUUGAGGCCGUGGUGCUCAACAAGACAUCCGGAGAGGGCCGGCUCCGGGCCAAGAGCCCCAUCGACUGUGAGCUGCAGAAGGAGUACACGUUCAUCAUCCAGGCCUACGACUGUGGCGCGGGGCCCCGGGAGACGGCCUGGAAGAAGUCACACAAGGCCGUGGUCCAUAUCCAAGUGAAAGAUGUCAAUGAGUUUGCUCCCGCCUUCAAAGAGCCUGCCUACAAGGCUGUAGUGACCGAGGGCAAGAUCUACGACAGCAUCCUGCAGGUGGAGGCCGUUGAUGAGGACUGCUCCCCCCAGUACAGCCAGAUCUGCAACUAUGAAAUUGUCACCACUGAUGUCCCUUUUGCCAUUGACAGAAAUGGAAACAUCAGGAACACCGAGAAGCUGAGCUACGACAAGCAGCACCAGUACGAGAUCCUGGUGACGGCCUACGACUGCGGCCAGAAGCCUGCUGCUCAGGACACCCUGGUGCAGGUGGACGUGAAGCCCGUGUGCAAGCCUGGCUGGCAAGACUGGACCAAGAGGAUUGAGUACCAGCCCGGCUCGGGAAGCAUGCCCCUGUUCCCGGGCAUCCACCUGGAGACGUGCGACGGGGCCGUGUCCUCCAUCCAGCUUACCACGGAGCUGCAGACCAACUACAUCGGGAAGGGGUGUGACCGGGAGACCUACUCGGAGAAAUCCCUUCAGAAGCUGUGUGGAGCCUCCUCCGGCAUCAUUGACCUCCUGCCGUCCCCCAGCGCUGCCUCCAACUGGACUGCGGGACUGCUGGUGGACAGCAGCGAGAUGAUCUUCAAGUUUGACGGCCGGCAGGGUGCCAAGGUCCCUGACGGGAUUGUGCCCAAGAACUUGACGGACCAGUUCACCAUCACCAUGUGGAUGAAACACGGCCCCAGCCCCGGCGUGAGAGCCGAGAAGGAAACCAUCCUCUGCAACUCAGAUAAGACCGAAAUGAACCGGCACCACUACGCCCUGUACGUGCACAACUGCCGCCUGGUCUUCCUCCUGCGGAAGGACUUCGACCAGGCCGACACCUUCCGCCCGGCCGAGUUCCACUGGAAGCUGGACCAGAUUUGUGACAAAGAAUGGCAUUACUACGUCAUCAACGUGGAGUUCCCCGUGGUGACCUUAUACAUGGAUGGAGCGACGUAUGAACCAUACCUGGUGACCAACGAUUGGCCCAUUCAUCCAUCUCACAUAGCCAUGCAGCUUACGGUUGGCGCAUGUUGGCAAGGAGGAGAAGUCACCAAACCGCGGUUCGCCCAGUUCUUCCACGGCAGCCUGGCCAGUCUCACCAUCCGCCCUGGCAAGAUGGAGAGUCAGAAGGUGAUCUCCUGCCUGCAGGCCUGCAAGGAAGGGCUGGAUAUCAAUUCCCUGGAAAGCCUCGGCCAAGGAAUAAAGUAUCACUUCAACCCCUCACAGUCCGUCCUGGUGAUGGAAGGCGACGACAUCGGGAACAUCAACCGCGCCCUGCAGAAGGUCUCCUACAUCAACUCCCGGCAGUUCCCGACUGCGGGCGUGCGGCGCCUCAAAGUCUCGUCCAAAGUCCAGUGCUUCGGGGAGGACGUGUGCAUCAGCAUCCCCGACGUGGACGCCUACGUGAUGGUGCUGCAGGCCAUGGAGCCCCAGAUCACCCUCCGCGGCACGGACCGCCUCUGGAGACCGGCCGCCCAGUUCGAAAGCGCCCGCGGCGUGGCCCUCUUCCCCGACAUCAAGAUCGUGAGCACCUUCGCCAAAGCCGAGGCCCCAGGUGACUUGACGCCCACAGCCCCCAAGUCGGCAGCCUUAGAAGAAAUGCUUCACAACUUGGACUUCUGUGACAUUUUGGUGCUAGGAGGGGACCUGGACCCAAGACAGGAGUGCUUGGAGCUGAACCACAGCGAGCUCCACCAGCGCCACCUCGACGCCACCAACUCCACUGCAGGCUACUCCAUCUACGGUGUGGGCUCCAUGAGCCGCUACGAGCAGGUGCUGCGGCACAUCCGCUACCGCAACUGGCGUCCGGCGUCGCUCGAGUCCCGGCGUUUCAGGAUCAAAUGCUCAGAACUCAACGGCCGCUACACCAGCAACGAGUUCAACCUGGAGGUCAGCCUCCUCCACGAGGUCAGAGUCUCAGACAACGAGCACGUCAACCACCUCAUCGUGCAGCCCCCCUUCCUCCAGUCUGUCCAGCACCCCGAGGCCCGGACGAGCGUCCAGCGCAGUUCAGUGGUCCCGAGCAUUGCCACGGUGAUCAUCAUCAUCUCCGUGUGCAUGCUAGUGUUCGUGGUAGCCAUGGGCGUGUACCGGGUCCGGAUCACCCACCAGCACUUCGCCCAGGAGACCGAGGCUGCCAAGGAGGCCGAGAUGGAUUGGGACGACUCUGCGCUCACUAUCACAGUCAACCCCAUGGAGAAACACGAAGCACCGGGGCACAGGGAGGAAGAGACGGAAGAGGAGGAGGAAGCAGAAGACGACAUCAGCUCCAGUGGCAGCGACUCAGACGCCAGCGACGAGGAGGAGGUGGAGGGGGGAGUGGGCAGGGGCAGACAUGGGCAGAGCGGAGCCAGGCAAGCCCAGCUGGAGUGGGAUGACUCCACCCUCCCAUACUAG